AUGCCUUCCGACUUCCUGGAGGCCGGGGAGACACCGGUGGAGAGCCAAAGCGGGACCCUGAGCAGGGAACAGCAACAUCCCAAGGCCACCUUCUACGCCCCCAUCCGUGCUCUCACAGAAGACCCGGGACUGGUUUUUAGCCGUCACUGGGCGCCUCAUAACUGCCUGCAACUCCAGCUGCAGGACAACCAGCUCUGUUCUGGCCUUCAGAGGUGCCCACACGGGUUGGUGUCAUUUGAGGACGUGGCUGUGCGCUUCACCUGGGAGGAGUGGCAGGAGCUGAGCGCCACCCAGAGGAGCCUCUACAGGGACGUGAUGCUGGAGAACUACCGCAGCCUGCUCUUCCUGGAGCCCAGCAUAGCCAAACCUAAAUUGAUCAUGAAGUUGGAGCGAGGAUUUGGGCCAUGGAGCCGACCAGAAGUUUCAGUCCAGAGCUUCUCAGGUGUUCGUAAAAUGAGGGCUCUGAUUGAUACCAGCAAGGAUCAUCCUAUGAUAUAUUUGCACCACUUUGGAAUAACUAAUCAAAGAACGUCAAGUGAAUACAUGAUUGAAGCACAACUAAAGACUCAACAGGAAAUCUACAAAAGGAGAAAAUCCCAUCAUGGCAGAGCACUUGCAGAAACUUCUUACCACAAGUUACAGGAAACCAAGAAUCAGACUUUGCACAGAAAUGGGAAACUCUAUGAGUGUAAGGACUGUAGGAAAGUUUUCUAUCGUAAUUCAUCCCUCAUUAAGCAUUACAGAAGAACUCAUAAUGUAGAGAAGCCCUAUGAAUGUAAUGAAUGUAGUAAAAGGUACUAUUGGCAAUCGGACCUCACUGCACAUCAGAAAACUCAUAGACAAGAGAGUACUCAUAGACAAGAGAGGACCUAUGAAUGUAAAGAAUGUGGAAAAUGUUUCUUCCGUCAGUCUCAUCUCAAUGCACACAAAAGAGCUGCUCAUACAAGUGAGAAACCUUAUGAAUGUACAGAAUGCAGGAGAGCUUUCUCUUACAAGUCAGACCUUAAUCGACAUAGGAAAACUCAUUUGGGUGAAAAGCCUUAUGUAUGUGAAGUGUGCAAGAAACCUUUUUCUCGAAAGUCAAAGCUCUCUAUACAUCAGAAAAAGCAUACGGGUGAGAAGCCUUAUGAAUGUACAGAAUGCAGGAAAGCUUUCUCCCAUAAGUCACAACUCACUGCACAUCGGAUAACUCAUUCAUCUGAGAAUCCUUAUGAAUGUAAAGAAUGCAAUAAAUCUUUCCACUGGAAGUGUCAACUCACAGCACAUCAGAAAAGACAUAUAGGUAAGACGCUUCAUGAUGAAGAACACAAGAAAACCUCCUACCACAAGUCAGAAGUUACUGUACAUCAGGGAACUCAUACAGUUGAUAAGCCCUACAAAUAUGAGGAAUACAAGAAGGAAUUUUACAUAAAGUACACUUUACUAUAUAUGGGAGAAUUCAUAAUUGAGAAGCUUUACAGAAUAUAAAAAAUGUAGGAAAGUUUUCCAGUGCAAUUUAUAACCUCAUUUGAUAUCAAAGACCCAUACAAAUGAGAAGCCACAGCAGAGAACAGCAUAUGAAAAAACAAAACAAAACAGGACUGUAUUGACUCAGUAUUUCUUGGAUGACUUAUCUGCCAUCGGAGACUCCACAAAGAAGUUGUUAGAGAGCUCAGUGGUUAAGAGCACUUGCUCUAUAAUUGUGAUGAUCCUAGUACCAGCUUGACAAGUCAGGGUCCCUGCAAACACUUGUCAGCCUAGUUCGACCACGGGGGAGACAAAAGGAUCUCCUGAACUUGCUGAUUUCUAGCCUAGCUGAGACACGAGCUCCAGGUUCAGUAAGAGGCCCACUGUGAGAAGAUUAGGUACACUCAAAACCAACUUCUCGUUUCUGUGUGAGUUUAGGUGCACACCUAAACACCUGUGAACAACAAAAAGUUUAAAGAAAAGGAGGAUGGUGAGAUGGCUCAUUGAAUAGAUAUUUGUCACCGUAUAUGAUGACCUGAGUUUGAUUACCUAGAACAUAGAUGGUAGGACAGACCAGAUCUUGCAAGCUGCCCUUUGUGAAUGCUGUGGCAUGUACACACCCACAGUGUUAGAGUUAUUUUUUAUAAAACUGUUUCUCAGUUUCUCUCUUAACCCACACAGAUAAGUGGGAUUCUUUUAUAUUUGUUUAAUAAUAAACUUCACUGUACAAUAACUGAGCAGUUGUUACUCUAUUCUUAACCCUCUAAACCAAUCUGGUUUCCUCCAAGUGUAUAUCCCAGAAAUACUUGCAUUUUAUAGUUUUCCUGCUCAUAGCUGAAUCCCUUACUUCUAACCCUUCCUCCCCUGGAAGUCCAGCCCUAUUCUCUUCCCUGCUCAGUGAUUGGCUCUUAAGAUGCUUUAUUGGCAUGUCAGGGGACAACUGGGGAGCAGUGUUUACAAAGCAUUGAGACAGGAGAUUCUCAUAACUAGGACCAGAUAAUGGGGUAUAGAAAUCAGCAUUUGAAUUACACAGCAACCUUAUUCCUGCCCCACAGCAUAU